AUGGAGAUGCUGAACAUCGUGGGGGAAGAAAGCAUGGAGUUGGAGGGAUCAGCCACUGCAGCAGCUCUUAUAAAUACCAGCCUAGAUGGCGCUGCCAAUGUCACCAACAUCACUACCUACUCCCCCUACUAUCAGCACUCUCUUUAUGUGGCUGCCAGCUACAUCUUAGCCUACUUCUUCAUCUUCCUACUGUGUAUGGUGGGGAACAUCCUGGUGUGUUUAAUUGUGCUGGGAAACCACCGUAUGCGCACAGUCACCAACCUCUUUAUCCUCAACCUGGCUAUCAGUGACUUACUGGUGGGCAUCUUCUGCAUCCCGACAACACUGGUGGACAACCUCAUCACAGGUUGGCCCUUUUCCAACACAAUGUGCAAGAUGAGUGGCUUUGUGCAGGGCGUAUCUGUGUCUGCAUCAGUCUUCACCCUGGUGGCAAUUGCUGUGGAAAGGUUUCGCUGUAUAGUGUACCCCCUACAACCCAAGCCGACUAUACUUGUUGCCAAGGCGGCUAUUGUGUUAAUCUGGGUGCUAGCAGUGGUGAUCAUGUGUCCUGCUGCAGUGGCGUUGUCUGUAGAGAAAGUUCCUUUCCACUACAUGGUGUACAAUGGUGACUUCAACCAUACAUACCCCCUUUACACCUGCUAUGAAAACUUCGCCAACCCAGAGAUGAGAAGGGUCUACACAGCAGUUCUGUUCGCUCACAUCUACCUGGUGCCCCUCACAGUCAUCUCACUGAUGUAUGGAAACAUUGGAGUCAAACUGUUCUCGACUGUGGUUGCAAACAGAGAGCCCCAGCUGGCCCAGGUCAGGGGUAGAAGGGGUGGUCAGCAAAUGAUAUCACAGAAAAAGAUCAAGGUGAUAAAGAUGUUGAUCCUGGUUGCCUUGCUGUUCAUGCUGUCCUGGCUACCACUCUGGACCCUCAUGAUGAUGACGGACUAUGCAGGCUUGGACAGAGACCAGCUGGACCUUCUGACCAGCUACAUCUUCCCCUUUGCCCACUGGCUGGCUUUCUCCAAUUCCAGCGUCAACCCAAUUAUCUAUGGUUACUACAAUGAGAAUUUUAAGAGGGGCUUCCAGGCAGUGUGCAAGUCCAAGACUUUCUGCUGCCUGGUGCAGUGCCAGCUGGGGAGGAGUAUUGCCAGGUUGUGUAGGAAAGGGAGGUCUGUCCAAGCACCUUGUGAAGGUGCUGACUUUAAAGAUGCCACUAGGAAUCACAACCGCCUAGUAUUGGGUCUGAGAAAUCGAGUCCACAAUGACAACCAUUUGACUGAAACAGCUGAGAUGAAAAGGAAUGCAAGGGUGAUAUGUGUGGAAGCCCGCUCAGAGAGAAAUGUUUCAGAUCAGGGGUUAGAAAUGGCAGCUAUGAAAAAGAAAAGCAGUGAUCAAGAGGCAGGGAAGGUUAGUUCACUGGGAGUUUAG